AAGCGGCCGCAACAAGGGAAACUUUAUUGUUCCCGGCGGGGCGGCGAAGGAUGUCGGUGAACUACGCGGCGGGGCUUUCGCCGUACGCGGACAAGGGCAAGUGCGGACUCCCCGAGAUCUUCGACCCUCCGGAGGAGUUGGAGAGGAAAGUGUGGGAGCUGGCGCAGCUGGUCUGGCAGUCCACCAACGUGGUAUUCCACACAGGCGCGGGCAUCAGCACUGCCUCAGGCAUCCCCGACUUCAGGGGCCCCCAUGGCGUGUGGACGAUGGAGGAGCGGGGCCUGACCCCCACUUUUGACACCACCUUCGAGACCGCCCGGCCCAGCCUGACGCACAUGGCGCUGGUGCAGCUGGAGCGCGUGGGGCUGCUGCAGUUCCUGGUCAGCCAGAACGUGGACGGGCUGCACGUCCGCUCCGGCUUCCCCAGGGACAAGUUGGCGGAGCUUCACGGCAACAUGUUUAUAGAGGAGUGUGCCAAGUGUAAGACGCAGUACGUCCGGGACACCGUAGUGGGCAGUAUGGGCCUCAAGGCCACGGGCCGGCUCUGCACUGUGGCCAAGGCCCGGGGGCUGCGGGCCUGCAGGGGCGAGCUGAGAGACACCAUCCUGGAUUGGGAAGACGCCCUGCCCGACCGGGACCUCACUCUCGCCGAUGAGGCCAGCAGGAACGCAGACCUGUCCAUCACGCUGGGCACAUCCCUGCAAAUCCGGCCUAGCGGGAACCUACCCUUGGCCACCAAGCGCCGAGGUGGCCGGCUGGUCAUCGUCAACCUGCAGCCCACCAAGCACGACCGCCAGGCCGAUCUGCGGAUCCAUGGCUAUGUGGACGAGGUCAUGAGCCGGCUCAUGAAACACCUGGGCCUGGAAAUCCCCGCCUGGGAUGGGCCCCACGUGGUGGAGCGCGCGCUGCCCCCGCUGCCCCGCCCACCGGCCCCCAAACUGGAGCCCAAGGACGAAGCCCCCACCUCCGCCGCCGCCAGCCCCAAGCAAGAACCCUGCGCGCAUCAGAACGGCUCGGGGCCCACCAGCCCCAAAAGGGAGCGGCCGGACAGCCCCGCCCCCCACAGGUCCUCCAAAAGGGUGAAAGCCGAGGAGGUAGGCCCCAGCUGACCAGGGGGUCCGGGGAGGGUGGGACUUUGUUUUGUAAAAUCCCUGAAUUCCUUUUUUUUUUUCUUUUUAAAUCUCUUACUGCUCUCACUUUGUUACUUGGAUCUGUCCAGGGCGCAGGGGCAGGAAAAUGCAGGGUGCUGAGAGCUGGGCUCCGGGACCCCCCUCCCCGGGGUAGACACCCCGGAAAUCUGCAUCUCUUCCUUUGGCUCUAAAGGUCUCCGAUGGGGGCUGAGAAGGAAUGUCUCCCUCCCUCCCGGAGCUGACACCCCAGGCCCUGCUCUCCCCUGCAACUAGGCACAGGACCCGCUGUGGGCGGGGAGGUGUUUCUUCCAGCCGAAGGGCAUUCACUUCCUCAGCUCCCCUGGACCCCCACAGUGCUCCCCCAAACUCCUUUCAGGGCCUGUCAGAGAGGGAAGGAAAGCAGAGCCCCCCAAACAAUACCCCCCUUCAAGGAUCCAAACUUCUUGUGGUGACGGACCCCCAAGGCUUGCACUGCCUUUGGCGGCCAAAGAGAGGAGGCCAAGGACUCAAUGGCUUCUGGAAACUUCUUCAAUGCAAUAAAAACAACUUGCACCUGA